AUCUAUUUCAUUUACCAGAAAUGCUUAAAGGGCGCUCUCGCGACGCCCGGGCGGUUAACACCACACCAGCGCAUCUUGCCCGACCAUUGCCACAGCAGCCGACUUCGGUGGCGAGGACACUGGCUGCAGUGCCAUCCUCUACGAGGCUCACACUGAGAACACCCACUGCCCAACGGGCGCCUCUCGCUAAACCAGAACCUGAUUAUGAAGUCGUGGAGUUCCCAUCGGAACAAUAUGUCAAUGCUAAACUCCAGCCGCCUCCGCCGCCGCCACCAAGACCACCUACUGGGCACCCCGCAGAUGCAGGCGCGUCGUGCGGCCUCUGCGGCGGUGGAGGCGCGCGAGUUCGCUGCGCAGAGUGUGGCCGGCGUGCACUGUGCGCCUCCUGUGACGACAUGUAUCACAGACACCCCAAGCGCAGGCACCAUCAAAGACAGGCCCUGACUAUGUCACAACUGCGUGACGAGCGCCCACCGUUACCGCCAAAAGCUGUAGCACCGGUGCCGCCGCCCCGCCGACACAAGUUAAGUGGAGCGAGUCCUAGCCCAAGGCCGCCUGCGGACCCGCGCAGUGCUACCCUAGGUCCACAUUCCCUGACGCACGCGCAAAAUGCGAAUACCAACAACCACAAUAUGAUGGCAGUUAACAACCACAUGUCAACGCUGCCUACGCAGCACGCAGCUAUGCCACCCCAUCUGCAGGGCAAGAUAUUGGGCAGUAUGCCGUAUCUCCCCAAUUUGCACCACGCAGCGCCGGCGCACCCUCAGACCAACACGCUGGGACCGCUAGCUUCGGGUUGGGGACGCCCUCGCGGUUCCCUACCAGGUUUCAACAUACCGCCUAAUAUGCAAAUGCCAUCGGAAGCUUGGGACGGUGCUGAGCACAUGACUGCCCACCAGAGCUGGGGCCGGCCGCUGCGGAGGGGCGCUUCGGUGCUAGAGUUGGGCGGGGGAGCACCGGGGAUGAUAGGCGGGGUGGCCGGGUGCGCGGGGUGCGCCACCGCCUGGCGGUACGGCAGCUGCGCCAGCCUCGACCACCCGUGGGGCGCAUGGGCGCCGCAGUCACCGUGCUGCGCGCACGCACCGCCACCGCCGCCACCGCAUCACCAUGCGCACGCUCAUACGCACACGCCGUACACACCGCAGCCGUACCGUAGGGCUGAUAGUCGCGCUGCAUCACGGGCAGCGUCUCGCACUUGCUCGCGCGCCGCGUCACCCGCUAUGAGCACGCGUUCGCGAGCAUCGCGCCGCGUGAAGCACCGCACUCCCUCCCCGCCGCUGCCCUCCAGCGACGCCGACUCGGAGAGCGAGAGAGACGGUGAACCACGCCCCCCUGCACAAGAUCGCUACUCAGAGAAGCCUCAAGUAGAAGAGCCGAACGAGGAAGACACAUUAGGUCCGGCUCCUGCACCACCCACUGCCUCGUGGCAAUGCGAGCACUGCACCUUCGUCAACGAACCUGGCGUUCGCGUAUGCGUUGUAUGCUGCCGUACUCCCACAUCCGCGCCAAAAAUAAUCCCCACCCAAGCGGAAAACAUCAAUACCGCCAAACAGUCUAGAAAUGACGCUCAAAGCAUUACUGAUAGUGCGAGAUCAAUCGCUGACACCGCGCGAAGCAUUGCUCGGUUGGACGUCAAUGAGCGAACGCCGUCGCCUCCGCAUGCCAACGGAGAUAGUCGCGUACAAAAUGGAGCAGGCAGAAUAAAGACUGCAUCGAAAAAAGAGCGCGUCACCACCGGUUGCGGGCCCUCCCCUCCACGCGAGGAUCGUACAAAGAAAACAAACAAUCGAUUAGUGACUCCGACGCGGGAAGCUAGCGUUUCUCCUUCUAGACACGACAUGGGAGUGGGUUCUUCGCCCCCGAGGGAAGUUGAGAAUCGGAUGAGCUUGCCCAACAAGCAGGAUGUGUCAGUUAGGGCGUCGCCGUACAGAGAAAUCGUGAGACCUGAAGCGGUCACCCGCCACAGUGUCUCCAUAGGACCAUCUCCACCGCGCGAAAUAGUCAGAAGGUCCCCUUCGGUUCAAAAAAAGUCCGCUGGCACAUCCUCUUCGGAAAUUCACGCUGAUAGACGACCGGCCGUUUCAACGCGAGCCAACGUAUCCAAUACCGGUACGUCUCCACCGCCGCAAAGUAUCUCCACGCAGACGUACGAAGUGCCAAACUCGUGGGAACGAGCCCCUUCACGGUCUCGUGCGCGGCAAAGGUUCCGAGACGACGCGCGUCGUGAGCGUUCGCACAGUCGCCACUCGCUCUCCAGUGAUACUCGCGAAAGCGAGCGUAGCGCGCGGACUAGUGGUGGCGGGGGAGGGGGCGGAGGCGGCACAUCUGGGCGGUGGGAGUGGCGCGAGGGGCGGGACAGCAGCCCCGUCGGCGAGUGGUCGGACGGCGAGCGGAGACGCGCCCGCCCCACGCGGCUCGCGCGCCGCGCCUCGCACCUCGACCUGCGCCGCACGCGCGCGCCGCAUGCCGACCGCCGCGCCAGCUACUAUGGUUCCGAGGCGGCGUCCCCGGAGCCGACGCGCGCGAUGUCGCUGGAAGCGCUGGCGGGCGCGGGCGCGGUCGGCACCGCGGCGGCGGAGCGCGGGCUGGAGCUGGCGCGGCUGAUGGGCGAGGCGGAGCGGCUGGGCUUCAGCGCGGCCGAGGUGCAGGCGGCGCUUGCGCAGAGCCCGGGUGCGCCGCUGCACUGGUUGCGCGAGCGCUGGCCCACGCUGUGCGCGGGUGUACGCGCCGCCGCCGCCCGCCUCGAGCCGCGCGCGCUCGUGUCCGAACUGGAGGCGCGCGCCGCGCUCGCCCGCCACCGGGGCGCAAUGUGGCCCGCCGUCACCGACUGCGUUGAGCGACAUCGACGACAGGCUGCGGCGCCGGCGGUGUCGGCGAUGUCAGGGCGCGUGUGGGGCUCUCCGGCGGGCGCCGAGGACGACGCCGCGCCGCCGCGCCGCGCGGAAGGUAGCUCGGAUGAAUUCGAAGGACCGGCGCCGGCCGAACUCCGAGACGACGACUGGAUGUACCUCCCGCUGGACGCGAACCCGAAGGCGCGCGUGAGCGAUCCGAUCUUCGACCCGUGGGAGCGGCCGCUCGACGACCGCUUCUACGGCGGCGCAAGGGAAGCGGCCCUAGCGGUGGACCUCCUCGUUCAGGCGGCGGCGCCCCCUCCACGCGACGAUUUGUUGUUCCAAACUCUCCUGCCGCAUGACAGACCACGAACCGAAGCCAAAUUCGGUGACUUUAAACUGCACUCCCUCGACUUGUACCAAUCCGAAAAUGAUUUCAUCGAUGCGUAUAAUGCUUUGACCAGAUCUACGCCUUUACCAGUGCAUGAACAGGAACGAGCCACCGAAUCGGGUCUUAAACGAGAUACGUAUGACGUUUUCGGCAAUGAUUCCGAUUAUAUUAACAGUGCCAACGAUGUAAUAGCAGACGGGCCAUCUAAUAGUUUUAAGAAUGUCACUAAUGAUCAUAAUCACCAAAGUAACACAGAAACUCAACAAAAAAAACGAUUUGAAGUAAUUUCGACAACCGUUAACACGUCCGCCUCGAUAUCAAUUCCUGAAAAUGAAAUAAGAAAUGGAUUAACAAAUGUUUCUGAAAAUAGAUUCAAAGAAACAUCACCAUUGCAUGAUUCUCAGAAAGUUUUUGACGAGGGGCAGGUUAAUGAAUCAAUAUCCUCCUCUACCCCGACUGUUAUUAUUACGAAUAAUGUAGAAACACUUCACAAUAUAACUGAUUCUAAACUUCGGAACAUUAGUCCCCCAGUAAUACAGAAACAAUCCGAGAUGCCAUCUACUGAAAAUUUGGAUGUGACUGUAUCACCCGUACAAACCCACAUAAUAAAUACAGACGAGCGAACUCCUGUCGUAAGAAAGUAUGAAAAUACUCCAAUAUCACUGCAAGAUGAAGAGAAAUCGAACAAUUUAAAUGAAAUAGUUGAUAAUACUCAAAGGCUGAUACAGCAAAUGAAAGAAGAGAUAAAUUUUGAUAUUAAUUCUAUAGACAGCCGAAAUAUUUCGCAAAGUGAAGCUGAUAGUUCUUCAAAUGAGUCCGACAUAUCUACAGAACAUGAGUCAAGCUACAGUGAAUCAGAAGAAGAUUCAGAUAAUUUAUCGUCAAACGACGAGUCUUCCAUAACCGACAGUAAUGAAAAACAAUUAUCCGAAAAACGUCCAACUAUAGUACAAAGAACUAGUUCUGAAGAAAAUGAUAACUUUGAAGAAGCAAUGGAUCACAUAGAAGAUCAAAUUGAAGACUUCAAACAUACUAAUAUUGAAUUAUUAGAUUCAAUUGCACGUAGUUUACAAGAAGAGCAUAUUGUAUCAGUAGAAGUCAACCAGCAGAAAAACGUUAAUGACAAAAGUGAAGACCAAAAUAACAAUGUAUAUACGGAAGUAAAUAGUUUUGAAGAAAUUUACGCAGAGUUAAAAACGGCACAUGAUACAGACUCGAAUCAUGCAAACGAAGUAAAUAUUAACGCUGACUCAACAAUUAAUGCGAAUGUUAAUAAUGAUGAGUAUAAAACACAAGAUGUUCCAAUACCAGUAAAAGUACCAAACAUCAAUCUUCCCAAAUUUGAAAUAGUAAUGUCUUUUUUACCAUCCACAAAUUUCACAAACCUUCUGAUUUCUUCUAGUAACAUUCCAAGCACAUAUAAUGCUGAACUGGACUUCAUAGAAGAGACAGCUGUAAUAAAUGAAAAUAUACAAAAUGAUAUAUUGAACGAGGAAAACAUUUCAUCGGAAACUUCUUCAGAAUCAGAUACAGAAACUUUUCAUAAUUCUGAUCGAUAUUCAGGAAGUACAGUUCAGAAAAAUGCAUUAGAUAACAAAUCAGGUGAAUCGGAAUUAAAGGAUGAUAACCACGUAGAAUUCAAUAAAUUUGAAGACGCCUCUCCAACGCAAGAAGCUUCAGAUAUGAGAGACUUAACGCAAAAUAAUGAAAAUUUAACGAAAGCAGAAGUAGCAACAACAGGAGUAUCUCCUCUGUCGUCUGAAGAAACAGAAGAGAUGAGAGUGGUAGAAGAAGUAAUAAAGGAACAAAACACAGAUCGCAUUGAUGUUGCCGAGGAGAAAAUUGACGACCCGUUGACAGAGGCACAGUCUAACAGAAAAAGCAGUAGCGAACAAAUACCUGAACCAACAGUUUCGAAAUCCUCAAGUAAUAAUAGCAUAGCAAGCAAGACCUUAAAUUCAAUCAAAUCUAACAUACCAAAAUUAAUAAAAAUAGUUCAAAGUAACAAACAGAAACCCAAUAAAACCUCUCCAAAAGUAAUCGCCUCUAAAGUGCCUGUGCGUCGACCUUCACAGAAACAGUACCCGGCGCCUGUCCCGCCAAAAUCUCACUUCGGAAAUAUUCAAAGCGGCCACGUAAAGCAAUUACAAACGAGACUAUUUAACAACGAACUUCCUAAGACUUCCGUUAAUAUUCCUUCAACCGUGGAAGUUAAACCUUCGACAUCGACUCUGCAUAAGAAGAAACCUGCGCCGCUCCCUCCAACAAAAGAAACAAAACAACCGUCGCCAGUGAACACGUCUCCUCCAAAACAAAAGAAGGACAACUUUUUCCGCGAGUCUUGUCGAACAGAGGAUGAAUGGACCGAGAGUGACUCGGAGGAAUCUCAAAUACAAGUUGUAAAGGCCACCGCAGAACCGGUUCGCGCGCCUUCACCACCACCACCAUUGACGCUACGACGGGUGUCGGGCCAAAUCAUCGAUUUGGCAAAAGUGCAACUUCCAGAAGGCUCUCCAGAACGGCAAGCGCGCAUGGUGCUAGCACAGGGCGCAGCCGAGACAUGGGAGCAGGCGCAACUGGCGGUGGAGCUGGCGGCACGCGGCGCGACCGCACCGUCAGCGCUGCUGGCCGCGCUCGACUGCGCCGACCUCGCCGCCGCCCUCGCCUACCUGCACCAGGACUGUGAGCUGUGCGCCUCGCGUCUGCCCGAGCACGAGAUGGUAUCGAUGUUGCGGUGCACGCACCGUUGUUGCCGCGAGUGCGCCCGCCACUACUUCACCGUACAAAUAACGGAGAGGAGCAUCGCGGACUGCGUGUGCCCGUACUGCAAGGUGCCCGACCUCGAGAACAUACCGGAGGAUUCGUGGCUCGAGUACUUCGCUCACCUCGAUAUACUCCUCAAAACUUUGCUGGAGACGGAGGUGCAUGAGUUAUUCCAAAGAAAAUUACGAGACCGCACCCUUGCCCGGGAUCCUAACUUUAGAUGGUGCAUGGAAUGCUCGUCCGGAUUCUUCGUGCAUCCGAAACAAAAGAGAGUACGCUGUCCAGAGUGCCGAUCUGUUAGCUGCGCUAAAUGUAGGAAAGCAUGGUCAGCGAACCACGAGGGUCUAUCGUGCGAGCAGUACGCCGCGUGGCUGGAGGACAACGACCCCGAGCGGUCGGUGGCGGCAGUGCAGCAGCACCUGCGUGAGAAUGGCCUAGAGUGCCCGCGCUGUCACUUCAAGUACUCUCUCUCCAGGGGUGGCUGCAUGCACUUCACGUGUACACAAUGCAAGUACGAGUUCUGCUACGGGUGCGGCAAGCCGUUCACAAUGGGCGCGCGCUGCGGCCUCAGCGAUUACUGCGCCAAGCUCGGUCUGCACGCACACCAUCCGCGCAACUGUCUUUUCUACCUGCGGGACAAGGAGCCGCACCAGCUGCAGACGCUGUUACAGAUGAAUAACGUGGCAUACGAAACUGAAGCGCCUGAAGGCAGCUCGACCCGCUGCCCAAUACAGCUGCAGCGGGAGACGCCCACCGGACUCGUGGACGGUACUUGUGGUGGCGACGUGCCUCCCAAUCACGCUGGCCUGUGCAAGCCGCACUACGUCGAGUAUCUGGCGGCGCAGGCGCGGCAACUCGACCCCAUCCCCAUCAUGGACGUCAGCGAGCUCGUGGCAGAGCUGCGCCGCCGCGCCCUGCCGCUGCCUGAGCGCGGACCGUGGGACUCGGACCCUAUAUACGCCGGCAUGUGCGCUGAGAUUGUAAAAGAAAAAAUACCUCUGGACUAAGGAUCAACUCUCUUCAAAACUGACUGAAAGUAACACUGAAUAAAAGAAGUUUCAACAGGUUAGAUGCACUGAUUUUAUUCACUUAUUGACGUUCGGAUGACGCAUUCCUGAAAAGGCUGCGAAACGUCAAUAAAUAAAUAAAAUCAGUGCAUUUGACCCGUUGAAACUUAUUUUAUUUAAUGAGUGAUGUGCGUGAAAUCCUAAGAAACAAAUAUGAAAAUAACACUGUCGAAAUUCUGCGAAUUAUUUUUUAUGUUGCGAAAAAAUCAUCAUCGAUAGCGUCAUAAUCACAUAUUUACAUUUUGUUAAAGUAUAAAUAAACACUGUAAACUAGUAUGUACUUAAUAUAUAUUUUUAACAUAGUUUAUAGUAGUUUUAUUUUCAACAACUACCUUUUAGCGAAAUGUUCGUUCAUGUGAUGUCGAUCGCGUUGUAUGUAGUGUCUGUUGGACCGAAUCCGCGCUUCGAGUGAGUCGGGCAGGGCCCUCGCCUCGUGUCCGGAGGUGCGCGGGGCCCGUCCAACGUCCGCAGCGUCGGCGCGGCGCUGCUCGGCCACGCGCUUGCCGCGCUGCUCCUCCCUCUCCGCCCCUGCAGCCACCAUCUCAGCCAAUUUUGCCGCUCUCUCUUCCUCGCUCAAUCCCUUCUUCGACUUCCACCGAUGCCCGUGAUCAGGUGACGAAUUCCGCUUUCUAUCGCCCUCGUAAACUCUUUCGGUAUAACGCGACCGUUCUGCAUGCCUUUUGCUUUUGUGCGUCUCCUCUCGCCUCCUGUCACCUGAAGGAUUUUUGUCAAUGUUAUCAUUGCUAGAAUAACAACGGACCCUCUUCCGACCAUCGUCUCUAUCGGGGCUUCUAGAAUGUUCCUUAAAUUUUUUUUCGCGUACAAGGUUGGCACUGUUACCAUUACCUUUUUUAGCCUCUAUUUUAGAAUUAUGAUCAUGCCUAUCUGAAGAUUUCUGAAUAGCUUUUGAUUUAUUCUUUUUAUGCUUGUUAUCAUCUGACGAAUCUGAGUCAUCUGAACUAUGGUAUUGUUUCUUUUUAGAUUUUUUCCUUUUUUUCUUUUCUACUUCUCUUUGUUGCUUCUCUUGCUCCUUGACUUUUUUUCUUUUCUUCCUAUGUUUGUCAUCAGAUGAAUCUGAAGAAUCCGAUGAAGAAUCAUCUGAAUCCAACAAUUUAGCUAUAUCAAUACCUUUUCCUUCACUUAAAGCACUUAACUUUGCCGCUAGCAUAUUGUCAAGAUCCUGCCCUUUCUUUUUAGCUUUUUUCUUUGUUUUCUCUUUUCUUUGUACCUAACAAAAAUUUAAAAGAACAUGAACAGAAUAUUUCUUAUUUCGUAAUUUACAUUUGUCAGACAACUAAUGCAUACAUAGGAAAGGCCUGUGACCCUGCAUAGAGACAUUAAUAGACUGAUGAUGAUGGACAACUAAUAAGAAAAAACUUGAAAAAUUUAAAGACUUAAAGCUGUUGCUAUUUUUUUUAUAAUACUUUUACUUCAAUAGUAAUUUAGUAAUGAAAAGAGAGAUUACUUUUAAUAUCACUAGGAAUCAAUGUCCAUUUAAACUAAAAAUAAAUGUUGUGUGGUGUAAAAAAACAACUAUAAUUGCUAUUUCUUCUUUCAAAUCUUUAAUACUUGAAAAAGUAUUAAUUUGAUAUUGUGGGUAACCUACAAUGCGAAGAGAUGGCGCUGCCUUGCAACUUAAGGCUAGGAAAAUUUCGACGCAGCCAUCAGGGCCGUGGUAGCAUAAUUGGUCAGUGCAUUCGCCCGGAUUGCGAAGGUGCGGGUUCGAGUCCCGUCCGCUACCUGGUCCGCGUGGAUUUUCUCUAGUAAAACUUUUCUUUACAUUGAAACAUCUAGCAGUAAAAUGCUUAAAAAAAACUAAAAAAACAUACAAAAACCUGAAUAUCAAAGCUUGAACUAAAAGUAAAAACAAAAUGAAAAAAGAAAUUAGGAGAGAAUAUGUAUGUUCAUCAUCAGUCUUUUAAUGUUCCCUAUAGAUGGGAUAGGGAGAUUGGGCUGUCACCAACCAAUGGUUUAAGAGCCCUUUCACAAAAUUCCUCUGCUGCAGUUUAGUAAAUACGGCCGCGAACAUGCCCAAGUCGCAUGAGCGAGACAUCGACACGACGAUGUUCAGUAUAGAGCACGAUACUUUAGUAUACAAAUAACAAGUUAUUCAACAAGUGUAAAAAAAGGAAAUUUAAAGAGACUAAGAUGGAUCCUGAAAGUAGCAAUGAAUGAUCUAGAUUGCAACCAAGAAUAUGUUUCUGAUGAAGAUAUUUUUUUUUCACAAGACAUGUUCUCUAUUUUCAAAGUGAAACUUUUAUUACAUUGCAACAAUUUUUUUCGUUCAUCUUUAUGAUGUCGUAUUACAUUUUUGACUGAUAUUAAAAAUUAUGAUUAUCAACAAGCAUCGGUGGUUCAGUGGUAGAAAGUUCUCAUGUUACGUGGGCUGUUCGGAUACGAAUUCCAGCCAAGGAUUUUUUUUAUUAUUAUAUUUUAAAAGUGCACUUGUAUCGUAAUUUCAUAACCUAUUAAUUCUAUGAGGGUAAAGCAGGCGUUGGAAAAUUAUGAUUUCUUGCAAAACAUGUAAAAGGGGUCUUAAUAUGCAUUCUAAAGCAGGUUAAUUUAAUUAUAAUCAUCUAGCUAGUACAUUCUAUUUUGCACCACCUUCUAAAACUUAGCUACAAUGCUUCAGUUGACUUGAAGAGAAUAAAUAAAAAAAUAAAAAAUAAAUAUUUCCAACACUCACAUCAAUUAGCCUAGCCCCAAAGUAAGCACUGUAAGACUUGUGUUAUGGGAUACUAGGGUAAUGGAUAGAAUACAUAUACUGUACAUAUAUAAGUAUAUUUAUAUAGAAAUACAUAUUAAACAUCCAUGACUGGAGUACAAAUGCUCGUAUUCAUCACACAAACAUCUGCCCCCACUGGGAUUCGAACCCGGGACCUCACGAGUCAGCGACACCAUGAAACCCGGCGUACAAACCACUCGGCCAAGGAGGUCGUCAACAAUCUGUACUAUUACCAGCCAUUAUGAAAGAUGCCUAACUUCCAUGAUUGCAGACUGAACACCAGAAGCCAUCAAGCUCCUCAGACAUCGGUGUUUCUAAUUAGUUAUUCACCACUUUAUACCCAUUAUAUCCGCAAUAGCCAAUAACCACACACAAUGGUGAUAGGAGUUAUAUGUUGCUCAAUUUUUUUUUAUUUAAUUAUAGCUCUGGACCAAUAGGUAGAAAACCUCCAUAAAAAGUUACCCCAACUCCACAGUGUGAUACGUGCCCAUGGAUGCGUGGCUGAUGGGGAGAUCAGUCGAAAGCGAUCAACCUCGGUGGACCUGGAAAACACAGUUGUAUUUUCCUUGUAGGGGGAAUGGGCGUCACCCUCCUAGUGACCUUUUUAAAUCGACCCUACUCGUGGGAAUAAUAUGGAUGAUAAAUUAUUAAAAACAUACUCAACCUACCAGCAAAACAAAACCUUAACACAGCAAAUAUUUCAUAAGUCUCUGUUCGUGAACAGACCUAGGUCUCAAUCACUUAGCGAUGAACAACUCAUACAAAAAACGACAGAACAAUUGGAAUCUGAUGACUCUAUUACCAGUGGAACUAAAUAAACUCCAUGGACAAAUGUAAAAGAAAGAAAGCGCCCAAGAGAGAGCCCUGAGCACGAUAAUGACCAUGCUAAUAAGCAGACUAAACUCAGCAGCUAUUGGCUCAGCAAACCAAUACCGACAUCAAACAGAUUUGAGGGUUUGGAAACUUAUCCCAACCAAGAGAAUACCACACAAAAUGAUGUUACAGAGAAAGUCCCUAAACCACCCCCUAUUUUUGUAGACAAAGUCGAAAACAUGCGGCCGCUGAAAGAACUCCUUGAAGAACAUGCUACAGGAAACUAUGAAAUGAAAGUUUUCAAUAAUAACCGUGUUAAAAUCCAAACUGCAAAUCCAGACACUUAUAGGGAAAUAGUCAAACAACUAGAAGCCAAAAAAACAGAGUUUUAUACGAGCCUAAGCAGGAGCGUAACUUUAAAGUAGUCCUAAAAAACAUUCACCCGUCCCACCCAUAGAUAUCGAAGAAAUUCAUGAAGCCCUAAAAGAAAAAGGUCAUGACACCGUUAACAUAUGGAACAUCAAGCAAAGAACGACAAAAAAACAUAUGUUUAUUGUUGAAUUGCUACCAAAAGCAAACAACAAACAAAUAUACGAGCUUACAAGCCUCUUACACUUACGUAUAAAAGUAGAACCACCAAGACAAACACGCAACAUACCCCAAUGUGCAAACUGCCAGCAAUAUGGACACACGUUCGUUCUGACUCUGUCAAAUGCGCCUUAUGCAAUGGCAAUCAUCCAGCAAACUAUAAAGGUUACAGCCAGUGGCGGACUAAGCUCGUCUGAGGCCCGGGGCGGCAAAGCUGAAUGAGGCCCCCCAAAUGAAAUUUAAAUUCCAAUUAAAUUAUUUCGGCUAAAUAUACAUACAUACCUACAAUAUGGUACAUAUUGACUAGAAACGUAGGUGCAUAUUGACUAUAAAUUACGGAUUAUGAUUUCUAGGCUAAAUUUUACGAAGAAUUACUUAAUUUUUCCAAAUACUUAAAAAUGCACUAACUCAACUCUAAACCCAUUUACUUUUAUACCGCAACAAAAAUCAAAAACAUUACAUAUUACACUUUUUAAUGAGGUUACUUUGAACGGAUUUUAAAUGAGGCCAAUGUUUAUUUUUCGACGUAAAUAUAGUGAAUGUUAAUAAAUGUAGUCGUACAAGAGUGAAUUAUUUGUACUUCAUUCAUUCAGGAAUUCCUGAGGAAGUACCCGCUACAGAGACGGGAAUUCCCCCAGCGUAUUGGACGCAUUCAGCGAAGUAAAAAGAAUAUUAGUACCGCUUAAAAAGUCUGGAUGUCUGUAGUGUUUUGAUCAUGAUGAAAUUAUGUAUAUAGGUACUAAGCACAUUUUUAAAGUCUAGUUUAGGAUUUGAACAGGAGAACGCGGAGGCAUUUGGGGGCCCCCCAAGAACGGAGGCCCGGGGCGGGCCGCCCCUUCCGCCCCCCUGUUAGUCCGCCACUGGUUACAGCGUAUACAAGGACUUGCAAAAACAGAAAUUCCCGACCAUCCGAAAAAAAAAAGUAGAACACCAGAACUUCCCUCAAAAAGCUGACGUCGAGCCUAUGCCGAAAAGUAACUUUAAAAAUGUACAAAGUGGAAAGUCUUACAAGGAGGCCCUUUUAAAUAAAGGAAAACAAGACAAUGCAACACCACAACCUCCUAACAUAAACUCUUCCGUCAAAUCAAACGACAUGAAACAGCUAAUGGAAAUGUUUAAACAAAUCAUGAAUCAAAUGUGUAGGUACUAUAACAAAUCUACUUACAAACCUAAUGUCAAUAAUGUGAAAAAAUUCAACCAGCUCAAAUUAGCACUAUGGAACGCCAACGGCUUGUCACAACACUUCAACGAAGUUAUAUUAUUUCUUGAAACGAAUAAUGUGGAUGUUUUACUAGUAACAGAAACACACUUUACAAAUAUAUUUCAAUAUACCAAAAUAUAAAUUAUACCAUACAAUACAUCCGAUCAGAGACAAAUUAAAACACCACGCCGGCGCCGCUUCUCCUUACUGCACAGAGAGAAUACAAUCUACUAAUAUAGUAAUUGAAGACUCAAACGGCGAGAUAACAUUGUCUGCGAUAUACAUCCCUCCUAAACACAACAUGAAAGCUGAGGAAUAUUGCACCUUUUUCAAAGCUCUGGGACAACGGUUUAUUUCUGGGGGCGAUUAUAACGCAAAGCAUACUGAAUGGGGAUCACGUCUAACUACUCCUAAAGGACGACAGUUCCUUCAAGCUAUAAGAGUCCUACAACUAAACGUCACCUCUACGGGAGAACCAACUUACUGGCCUACCGAUGUAUGUAAAAAACCAGAUCUUAUUGAUUUUUUCAUAAGCAAGGGACUUCCCAAAACAUCAAUGAAGUGUAACUCUUGUCUUGAAAUGACUUCAGAUCACUCGCCAGUAAUCUUAUUAUUAAGCAGUGACGUUAUAAAUGUCAACAAGUCAUGCAGGCUGCACACCAAAAAAACAAACUGGUCAUUAUUCCGCGACAUUGUUGAACAAACACUAGACUACAAUGUUCCACUUAAAACAGACGAGGACAUUGUUCGGGCGGUGGAGUAUUUCAAUAAGACCAUACAGGUAGCCGCAUGGGUUUCAACCCCAUCCCAGAUUGGAAAAGAUAAAAAAAGUUACUCCUAUCCCAAAUAUAUCAUGGAAUUGGUAAAUUCAAAGCGCAAAGCCAGAAAGCUUUGGCACGAAACAAAAUAUCCUGCACACAAAACCAUAUACAACAAAAUUGCAAACAAACUAAAGUACAGUAAUGGAGAACUAGGUAUCUUAAAAAUCUUGAUGCAACCCAGGCCACCGAUUACUCUCUCUGGAAAGCUACGAAUAAAUUGAAACAACCAAUAACACAUCGAUCACCUAUCCUGAAAGCAGAUGGUAGUUGGGCAAAAAAUGAUGAGCAAAAGACCAACACAUUUGCUAAACAUCUAUCCGAAGUAUUUACUCCUAACAUCGAUUAUGGAUGCAAGGCAAGUUUGAUUAAAUCUGAACUCGAAAAACCACAUCAACUAGAUCCACCGCUCAAAAAAUCCAGCAAACAAGAUGAAUUAGAGGCCAUUAAAAAAAUCGACAUUCACAAAGCACCAGGGUAUGAUCUAAUUACAGCCAAAACUCUGCGAGAGCUACCAGACGUAGGCAUUACAUUUCUUACUUAUGUCUACAACGCAUGCCUCUGGAAAAAUUUUGUUCCACCACAGUGGAAGGUGGCAGAAAUCAUCAUAAUUCCUAAGCCCGGAAAAGACCCUAAUGACGUCAAAUCAUACCGUCUGAUCAGUCUUCUCUCAGUUCCGUCUAAAGUCUUAGAAAUUCUAGUACUGAAACGCCUUACACCAGAUAUCAAAGCUAACAAGCUUAUCCCGGAUCACUAGUUCGGUUUUAGAAAAGGUCAUGGCACAAUAGAACAAGUACAUAGGAUAGUACAAAAAAUCAAUGACACUUUUGAACGCAAACUGACCUGCUCUGCUGCUUUCUUAGAUAUCUCACAAGCCUUCGAUCGUGUCUGGCACGAUGGACUCUUGUAUAAAGUCCUCAAAAACUUACCCAUUAACUUCUAUUUGUUUAUAAAGUCAUAUCUAAGUGACAGACACUUUUAUGUUAAAUAUGGCGACUUUAUUACAGGCCUACACAAAAUAAGAGCAGGUGUUCCACAGGGCAGCGUAAUGAGUCCAAUACUCUACCUUAUAUACACCUUGGACUUACCAAGUAGACAAGAUAUAAUGACAGGAACAUUUGCUGAUGAUACUGCCAUAUUUGCUGUUUAUAAAACACCUGAGGAAGCUUUGGCAAAAUUGCAACAAAAUCUGAAUGAUAUCUCAGACUGGCUGAAAGACUGGCGCAUAAAGGCAAAUGAAACCAAAUCAGUUCAUGCCACUUUUACUUUAAGGAAAGAUACAUGCCCAGAAGUCGAAUUAAACCAAAUUAAGAUACCCCAGGCAGAUGAAGUUCGAUACCUAGGAAUGUACUUGGAUAGACGUUUAACCUGGAAGAAACAUAUAUCUACUAAAAGGAAAGCACUUGACUUACAGUUAAGAAAGCUUUAUUGGCUCAUGGGAAGAAAAUCUCAUGUUUCUCUGGAAAAUAAACUCCUUCUGUACAAGUGUAUACUAAAGCCGGUCUGGACUUAUGGCCUACAAUUAUGGGGCACAGCCUCUGUAUCCAACAUAGAGAUACUUCAACGUUUUCAAUCAAAAGCCCUACGAUGAUAACUGGAGCACCAUGGUAUAUGACAAAUAAUCACUUGCACCGUGAUCUAAAAAUCAAACCUGUUAGAGAAGAAAUAAAGGACUCUUUACUUUCCUAUUCCAAAAGAAUACAAAAUCAUCCUAACCCACUAGCAAGAACUUUGAUGGAAAAGCAACCAAACAAUACAUUUAAGAGACUAAAGAGACGUUCUCCUCAAGAUCUUCUCUAACACAAACACAGGAAAGUCAUAAUAGAUGGGUAUAUCAUUGGAUCAUGUACCAUGCAUGACAUUUUUAUUCCAAAUUCAUAAAAUCCAGCUUAAUGUCGACAAGACAGAUCGCAGGAAAAAAAGGAGACUUAAAAAAAGAUUAUAGCAAAAGACACAAGAGAAAAGAUUACCUAAUAAAACUAUUUUUAUAUUGGCGAAAUUUUUGUGUGAAACGGAAACAGCCACAGAACAAAAAAAAAACUAUUUUUAAUAUUUUUGUUUAAUUUUAAAUACCUGUUCCUUCCGUAAUAAGUCUGUAAGGCGACGUCUCUGCAACGGAUUGUUCAGAAGAGCUGCUCUGGCUGCUCUUUCUCUUUCUUUGACUAAGAGAAGGGGAUCUUCGCGCAUUUUGCGAGCUAAGUCCACUUGAGCAUCCCCACCACUAGCCAACAUACUUGAACCAACCACGCGACGCGCGACAGCUGGUAUAGAACUUUGCUCCUCCUUGUCAGCUCUACUAUAAUUCUGGUCUAUAGACUUACCAAGGAGGUAAUCUUCUUCAUGAAUUUUUUUAUCUGGUUU